AUGAAGGCGACCCGGGCCCUUAGUGUCGCGAGCUCCUUGGCGCUGCUUUACGAUGGAAGUCUGGCAGCCACGUCCGGCAGUAUCAACGUUCUGGCCAUGAACGUGGCUGGGCUACCGGCCAUCCUGAACGACAAUGCGGUGCCCGGAGACAAGGCAACCAACGCCGGCUUGAUCGGGUCGAAAUUCGCCCAGUAUGGCUAUUCUGUGAUCCAUGUUCAAGAGGAUUUCAACUACCACGCGUAUAUCUAUGCGACCGACAACCAUCCUUACCGGACAGCUACGUCCGGCGGCGUCCCAUUCGGCGAUGGCCUCAACACCUUGUCCAAGCAUGACUGGGUCAACUUCCGACGGAUCGAGUGGGAGCAGUGCUCGAACGCCUCUGGCGCCGACUGCUUGACGCCCAAGGGCUUCACGUUUAUGCGGCUCGCCCUGUCAGGCUCCACCGACAACACCACAACGGUCUACGUCGACUUUUACAACAUCCACACCGACGCGGGGACCGAAGCCGACGACCUCACCGCCCGCCAGGCCAACAUCAACCAAGUAGCGGCCUACAUCUCAACCUGGAGCUCCGGCAACGCCGUGGUCAUCUUCGGCGACACCAACAGCCGGUACAGCCGGACAGGCGACACGGCAGUCCGCUCUCUGCUCGCCAGCGGUUUCACCGACGCGUGGGUGGAGAACCAGCGCGGCGGCGUCGUCCCCACGGUCGAAAGCCUUUGCUCAAACCCAAGCACCGUCAACACCUGCGAGACAGUCGACAAGAUCUUCUACCGCUCCAGCCCGCUCGUGACGCUGAAAGCGACCAGCUUCCGCUACGACAGCACCCGCUUCCUGCAGGCCAACGGCAGCAUCCUGUCCGACCACAACCCGGUCUACGCGGACUUCACCUGGUCCGCGGGCACCUCAUUCCGGCAGAGCGCUUACUUCGGCGGCGACUACGGCACCUGGUUCAGCGACGUCCCAACCCUUUCAACCAAAACUAAGCCCAAACCCUCGACACUAACCUUCCGGGGCGCAUCCCGGUUGGAUAGUGUCGGACUGACGCUGACCGACGGCACCAGCCUUGUCCAUGGCGGCACGGGGGGCACCACAGUCUCGCUGGCUCUAAGUUCGACAGAGUACUGGGUUGAGGCGCGGCUCUGCAAGGGGGACAAGAGCGGGCAGACGCGCAACUUUUAUAUUCGUGCUGCCACCUCCGCGGGACGUACCCUGGUGGCGGGCACGGCGACGGCGGAUUGCGCGACGUUUGUCGCGCCGGAGGGGUGGCAUAUUGUGGGCUUUGUCGGGCAGGCUGGGGAUGAGAUGGAUGAGCUUGCGUUUGUUUACGCGCCGAGAUAG